GAGAGGGAGUUGUGAAGGACAUGUCUCCACAUCCACGGAAAAACAGGACUUGUUUGUUCGUUAAUUUUGAACAAACUUUUGGCAGUACUUUUUGUGUUUUUGGUUUGAAGUUUUGUUUCUAGUUUGCGCAAGAAAAUAUGAAUAAGGUGGUGUUGGUGACUGGAGCAAAUAGUGGCAUUGGCCUGGCUCUGUGUGAGCGUCUCCUGCAGGACACUGAGGGUCUGCAGCUGUGUCUGGCCUGCAGGAACAUGCAGCGGGCUCAGGCUGCUCGCUCCGCCCUGCUCACCUCUCACCCCUCUGCUCAGGUGGCUCUGCUGCAGAUGGACACCAGCAGCAUCUCCUCCGUCCUUGCUGCUGCACAGGAGGUGAAACUCAGGUAUAACCGGCUGGACUGCCUCUACCUGAAUGCAGGCAUCAUGCCAAACCCACAAUUUGAUGUAAAUGCAUUUUUCAAAGGCCUUUUCUCCAGCCGUAUCAUCUCCAUGUUUGCGACAGGUGAGGGGAUCCUGACGCAGAAGGACUGUGUCACCUCUGACGGCCUGCAAGAAGUUUUUGCGACAAACCUCUUUGGCCACUUUUUAUUAAUCAGGGAGCUGGAACCAGUUCUGUGUGAUGCUGGCCGGACAUCCCAGCUGAUCUGGACCUCCUCUAGUAAUGCUCACCGCUCUGCUUUUAACCUUGAAGACAUGCAGCACCAGAGAGGCACACAACCUUACAGCUCCUCCAAAUAUGCCUCCGACCUACUGAGCCUGGCGCUCAACACACACCACAACAAACAGGGUUUAUACUCAUCUGUCAUUUGUCCUGGUUUUGUGAUGACCAAUCUGACUUACGGUAUCUUGCCAUCAUUCCCAGCCUUCCUCUGGACCCUGCUCAUGCCCGUCUUUUGGCUUAUAAGGAUGUUUACGAACACUUUCACCCUGACCCCUUAUAAUGGAUCUGAAGCCCUGUUCUGGCUCUUUAAGCAAAAGCUUGAAUCACUGGACCCUCAAGCCAAGUACCACAGCUUAACAUCUGGGCUAGGCAUCAACUACGCACAGCCACGCAAGAUGGAUAUUGAUUUGGAAACAUCGGAGGCAUUGUAUGAGAAACUACUGCAACUAGAAAGUGAAGUGAGAAGGAAACUAAAAGGAAAACAAAAAUAAUCCUGGAAAGCUCGCAGUCGUCCUGCUGGAUCAUCAUGGUGCUUACAGUAUGAAUUGAUUUUGGGAUGGAGACUAUUGUAUUUCUGUCUGGUGACCUGGGACGGCCAUGAACGAUAACAGAAAUAGCUUUGUCCUCUGCUUGACACUGCAACAUACAAGACUGAAUUUACAGUACAAAUAAACAAGUUACAGUGAAACAUGAAAUGAAAUGUCAGUUAUAGGACAAAUACUUAUGUAUGAUGUGUGAUGAUUUAACAAUAAACUUUAAAUAAAACAAUAAA